AUGACAGAUCUUGAGCUCAAAUUAGCACCAUUGGUGGAUGCGAUAAAAGAGGGCAAGAAAGUGGCCUUUUUCAACGGUGCAGGAAUUUCCACCGCGGCAGGGAUUCCCGAUUUCAGAAGCCCAAACACUGGUUUAUACGCAAACUUAGCCAAGUUGGAUCUUCCUUACGCCGAGGCUGUUUUCGACAUUGACUAUUUCAAGGAGAAUCCCAAACCUUUUUAUACAUUGGCCGAAGAACUAUACCCUGGCAAGUUCCCACCAACGAAAUUCCACCAUUUCAUUAAGCUUUUACAAGACCGCGAUCAGUUGCAUCGAGUAUACACCCAGAAUAUCGACACUUUGGAACGUCUUGCUGGUGUGAAGGAUGAGUUUAUCAUUGAAGCUCAUGGCUCGUUUGCUAAUAAUCAUUGCGUGGACUGCUCAGAGGAAAUGGAUACCGAAACUUUGAAAGCUCACAUGAGAGACAAGCAAGGGAAACAAAAUGGAAUCCCCACUUGCACAAAGUGCAAUGGGUAUGUUAAACCCGACAUUGUAUUCUUUGGUGAAGGGUUGCCGAAAAAGUUUUUCACGCAAUGGGAUCAGGAUUGCGACCAAAUUGAAGUUGCAAUCGUUGCCGGCACAUCCUUGACUGUGCACCCGUUUGCCUCGUUACCCUCGGAUGUUGGCAAAAAGGGACUUCGGGUGUUGGUGAACAAGGACAGAGUUGGAGAUUUGGGGCGGAGAAAACUGGAUAUUCUUGCCUUGCAUGAGUGCGACCACGUAGCUGAGACUUUGGCUACUCUUCUUGGCUGGGAUAAAGAAUUGAACAAGCUUUAUGGGGAGUUUGGGAAAGGUGAUCCUGUUGAAUCUGUGGACAAAGCAAAGAACAAAGCAGAGGAAAGCCCAAAGAAGGAGGGGGACCUAAAAGCGACUUCAAACGACGAUUCAAAGGGUACGAUAAAAGAGGCAUUCGAGAAAGCAGAGGAUAAAGUAAAGGAAGACUCUAAAACACAUCCAGUGACGCCGUCCGAACAAUCUAAGGAAUCUGAACAAAAACUAGCUGAACUUGUUGAAAAGUUGAAAAUCUAG